AGAGAGAGAGAGAGAGAGAGGAGAGAGAAAAGAGGGGGGGUAUAGCAUAGAAUCCAGUCAGUUGCAUCUAACUUCAAAUUUCCUCAAUUCCAAGUUUGACAUAUCCUGGGUUUAUAAGGGUCCAUGAGAAAGCCCCAAAAGAAAGCCAUGUACCCAUGGUUACAAAGUUAGGGCAGCUGCUCCAGACCACGAUCAGGCGCUUCUCUAGGCUAUCUAACCCUGUAAUUCGUGUGGAUAACAAUAUAGCGAGCCUUGGACCUAAAGAUGAAGAACUGAAGGGCAGGCAGCUCCUGAGUUUGCCUCCUUUUUCGUACAGCUGCCCACUACCUGGAAAGAAUAAUGAAGCUGCCCGAGUGACUGCCAUUAUUUGGCUCAAGCACUAUUUUGCUGAAAUUGAUAGUCUUGUUAUUUACAGACAUUUUCAGAGGGGUCAGGUUCUAAGAGAAUGCUUGGAGGAUGGCGAUCCUUCUGAGGGAAAGCACCAUUGCAUGUUUAUACAUCCUUUAAAGAAGGUUGGUGCAAAUGAGGUUAUGAAGAAUGGUUUACAGAUUUAUGUACCUGUUUCGAUCUGUGAGUCUAAAAUAUCGAAGAGAUAUGACACCAUACCAAGUGGAACUUUGCAUCCAAAUGCAGAUGAGAUCGAUUACUUAAGGAGGCUUGUAAUGUACAAGGAUUCUGCUAUUAUUGUGCUGAAUAAGCCUCCAAAGUUACCUGUUAAGGGUAAUCUACCAGUUCAUAACAGCAUGGAUGCAUUAGCAGCUGCAGCUUUAUCAUUUGGCUAUGAUGAGGGUCCCAAAUUGGUGCACCGUCUUGACCGAGAAAGCAGCGGUAUCAUAUUGAUGGGAAGAACUGAUGAAAGCUUUAAGCGACUUCGCUCUUUGUUUAAUUAUGGAAGUAAUGGGCUAACCUCUGAGAGUACGGGUGAUCGUUGUAAAGGAGCAAUAAGGAAGUACUGGGCUUUGGUCAUUGGUUCUCCAAAGGAAAAACAAGGUCUCAUCUCAGCUCCCCUCUCAAAGGUUCUUCUGAAUGAUGGGAAGACUGAGCGGCUUAUAUUGGCCUAUAAUUCCAGCUUAGAUGGAGCCCAAGAAGCAAUUACUGAAUAUCGAGUAUUGGGGCCUACAAUCAAUGGAUGUUCAUGGAUUGAGCUGUGUCCACUUACUGGACGUAAGCAUCAGCUCCGAGUUCACUGUGCUGAAGCUCUUGGAACUCCCAUCGUUGGAGACUACAAAUAUGGUUGGUAUGUUCACAAGUGUUGGAAACAGAUGCCUAGAGCCGAUUUUGACCCUGAAACUGGAAAGCCAUACAAGAUGCGACGACACCAUAAUUUGGCUGUUCAAAAGGGGAGCGUCCUCUCUAAAGUCCCCUUGUUACACCUCCAUUGUCGAGAGUUAGUGAUCCCAAAUAUUGAGAAGUACUUCGAGAAAUCGCAAGAUGCUAAUAAGCCGAUGAAGUGUAAGAGCAAGCAAGAUGUUCUUAGGUUUGUUGCGCCAAUGCCUUCCCACAUGAAAAUCAGUUGGAAUGUUAUGUCAUCUUGCUUGGUAUGAGAGAGAUUGGCUUGGUUGCUCCAUGAGGAGGUUUGGUGGCUCUGUGGGUGCUAUAGAGGUUGGCUGGAUUUUCUCGUGAAAGAAGCAUUGUAUUUAUAUCCAUUAUGUUUUAGGAGUGGAUUGCCAAUCAUUAGAGUCAAGAAAUCUGGAUUGGCGUUCUUAUUUUAUUAGUUAUUGCGUGGCUGAGAUAUAGUAGAUUUUUUUUUUUUUAAAUUGUUGACUGUUGUAUUGAGAGAUAUAGUAGAAUAUUGAAAUAAUUACUAAUACUUGUACAAUUUGAGUGCAAAGAUCAUAGACAGGCUGGGGUGACUGGGCAAUUUGUUCGA